AUGGCAGCUACUCGAACCUCGAUGGAAGAUUUGCUAAAAACAACAAACUUUAGUCGCGCAGAAAUUGAUAUUCUUGGGCGAAGUUUCACGCUUACCGCGCAGACUAGUGACAAGAUAGAUCGCUCAAGAUUCCGUGAUAUGCUUGCAGACACUUUUGGUGUAGACGACUCGCUCAUUAUGGACAGAGUUUUUCGAUGUUUUGAUCAAGAUGCUGAUAACUAUAUUAGUUUUGAUGAAUACAUAAAGGGAAUGUCUGUUUUCCUCAAUGGUCGUUACGAGGAGAGGCUUAAAUUCUGUUUUCGGGUUUAUGAUCUCAAUGGCGACAGAUAUAUAUCCAAAGAAGAAAUGUUUCAGAUGCUUAAAAACUGUCUUGUCAAAGGUGCAGUAGAAGAGGACGAAGACGGAGUCAAAGAUCUUGUUGAUUUGGUACUAAAGAAGCUAGAUGAGGACAGAGACGGUCGUGUAAGCGAGGCAGAUUGGGCUGGUGCCAUUGCAAAAGAAACUCUGCUGAUGGAAGCAUUUGGACACUGUCUUCCAGAUGCCAAGGCUGUUAAGCAGUACCUCAAUCCAUCUCCAAACAACUUUUCCAAAAAAGGAAUACUUGGGUCUGCAGUUUCAGACAGCAUGAAUAGACCUGUGCCUUCAAAAUCAUCGGGAGCACGUCGUAUUCCUGCAUGA